CAAAGGAAUUUGUGAGGAACUGAAAGCAGCAGAGGGCAGUUGAGGGGAAAGGGAGGAGCGCCGGUGCAGACAGCAAGGUUACGCAUGAGAAUUGUGAGGAGGAUUUAAACAAAGCGCAGAGAGGCAGAGAAGGGGGAGAACAGGUAGAGUUGGUUGGCUUCGAGUCUAAUUACUACUUUCUCCAUGUGGCGAAAGAAAGCAAACAGAAACUAAGUGAGGUAAACAGCAAACGGAAAAGGGCAGCUGAAGGCAGGCGGAGAGAAAGCAGAAGUAACAAGGAAAAGGAGGGAGAGACAGCAGUUAAAAAGUCAGGUCCACAAGAUUAAUUGAGGAAGAGAAACAAAACAGGAGGCUGUAAGGAGUUAGCAAGGGAGGGGAUAAAUAAGAAAACAGCAGAUACUCAUUGACAGAGAGGACUGGACUUAACUCCAUGGAUUACUGACAUCAGCAAAACAAAAGGAAGAAGAACGUCAGAAAAGAGGUCACUGUGGUCCGGCAGCAGUGUAGUGUGUCUGAGCCUGUCUGCUAUGCAACUAAGACAGCUGAGAUAGACAGACUUGAGUUCACGGUUCACACAGACAGUCCACUUUGUAACUGCACCAUGUUGAUGAAAGAGUACCGCAUAUGCAUGCCACUGACUGUGGAUGAGUACAGGAUUGGCCAGCUGUACAUGAUCAGUAAGCACAGCUGUGAGCAGAGCGGCGGGGGCGAAGGGGUGGAGGUGGUGAGGAAUGAGCCAGAUAUUCACCCCCAGCACGGCCCGGGACAGCUGACCGAGAAGCGAAUCUACCUCAGCAGCAAACUGCCGUCCUGGGCGAAAGCUUUUGUCCCACGAUUCUUCUACGUGACAGAAAAGGCCUGGAACUUCUACCCCUACACCAUCACAGAGUACUCGGUAUCAUUCCUCCCCAAGUUCAGCAUCCGCAUUGAGACGAGAUUCGAGAACAACAACGGCGAUAACGACAAUGUGUUCGGGGACAAGCCGACCCCGCCAGAGAGUGUGAGUUUCCUGGAUAUCCUGAGUGAUACCAUCCCCGAAAAACAUUACAAAGAGUCAGAGGACCCGAGUCGCUGGCAGUCAAGUAAAACUGGCCGAGGGCCUCUGGAGAAAGGCUGGAGAAAUGACCACCAGCCCAUUAUGUGCUCCUAUAAGCGGGUGCACUGCAGGUUCGAGGUGUACGGCUUCCAGACCAGGACCGAGGAGUUCAUACACAAAAACAUCCGGGACAUUCUCCUGGUUGGCCACAGGCAAGCAGUAACGUGGAUGGACGAAUGGCAUGGGCUGAGUUUGGAGGAGGUGAGGGAGUACGAGCGAACGAUGCAAGAGAAGACCAACAGCAAAGUCAAAUCCAGCCAGAACAACACAGGCCCACCGGCUGCCUCUCGUCCUACGAUCUCUCGCUCCAUCUCAGUGACAGACGAGCGCUCCCUGAGGAAGAUGGGAGUGACGACUGUGGCCAUGUCUGACCCCUCUGCCUCCUCUGUGCCACAAAGUCCCAUUCGCCUCAACUCCACCCCUGAAUGAUGCCUCUCUCACACACACACACACAAACACUGUACGCACAUACACACAGAAACCAAUGUCAACAUUCACCAGCGUCAUGUGAUGUUGUUUCUCAAAUACUCACACACCCACAUGCAAACAGUGACAUUAACGGACAUUUUGGACUUAUUUACUCUCCGGGGUAGAGUCAGAUGAGAAGAUCAGUCCCUCUUUCACAUCUGUCUGUCAAAUACAGGGCCUCGGCUAGCAGCUGAUUAAUUUAGCUCCGCAUAAAGACAGAGAACAGGAGGAAACUGCUAGCCUGUCCAAAAAUAGUAAAAUCCACCUACCAGCGCUUCCUUAAGUCCCAGUGAAACAGAAGUUAGAGCAUCUUUAGCUGCUGUGCUGUGACGAAUUUCCCAGUGAGUGGUGUACAAUUACAAGAGGGAUUUAUAUCAAAUCCUUCACAUUUGAUUUGGCUGCUAAAAAGUGGGCGGGCUUACAGUUUACUGCGAUAUGGAGCUACGGCGGAAACCGCUGCUGAGCGCACCAUUGGCUCCUCAAUUACGUCCCUCGCUGUCAGAUCAGGAGGAGGACGAGGGAGAGAUGAAUGAAUCAGACUUCCGCCACAUUGUUUUGGAAAUGAAAACAACAAUUUUGCCCACUGAUUUCCGAACACACUUCUCUCUCUAUCGCUUUCCAUAGCGAUCUGUUAGCUGCUAGAACCCGCGUACGGUGAAGUGCGGAUUUACACACACACUUUAGUGUGGCCAACUAGUUACCCAAAAUCUCACUGGAAUGGCUAAACCUCUGUGUAGGAUGAGUUUUCGAACACUUUAAACUGUCUUACCUGGUUUUACAUGGUUUUACAUUUUUUGUUUAUCAGUGUGUACAAAAAAAAGGUAUGAAAAUGACAAUAAAAUGGUCGUUUUACAGGGGUGAUUAAAUAUUUUUCUAUCACCAUAAAACACUGAAUUGUUUUUUCACUUUGACUUUUGCGCAGACUAAACAAGUGAGAUAUAACAUGUGCUGCUGGGUGAAUUUUGAAAUAAUUGUGCAGAUCAGACUCGCUGUUUUUGUGCUAAGCUAAGCUACCCAGCUGCUGGCUCCAUAUUCACAGCACAGAUAUGAGAGUGGUAUUAAUCCUCUAAUCUUCUCCAUCAGAGAGAAAAUAAGUAUAUUUCCCAAAUGUCUUUUAAGACCACUGUAGAUACAUUUAUCUAUUGUUACGCGCACAUAUUUGCUCUCUCUUUACUGCAAGUUAAAAACCACAUAACUGCCGCGCAAGAACACACAAACACUUUGUGCCUACUCAAAGACUAUUUCUACUAUUGCAGUCAAAAACCUUUCAGUGUCUUCCACCAACUGUAAACGCAGUGCAUUUCAGCUCUUUUCCAGCCAUAGUGGAGAUCAGCGACCACCAGCAGGGUUCUCCGAUUGUUCCCCAGCCCCAGCCCAGCAGCCUACAGACAGAUGCAUAAGGAGUUUAAUAGAGUAGAUCUAAUGAGAGAGAAGAGGAGAAUGGUGGAGGCUGUCAAUGCUAUGGAUCAGCUCCCCUCUCCACCAUCGCCAAUAGGUCAGACCAGGUGUAUUGACAGAGGGCAGUGAGGCGUUGUAUUGGUUCCUUGAUCACUUAGCUGAGAGCUGCAAAUGGGUUAAGUCAGGGUUAAACUUCAACUAUGAGUCAAUGAUGUGAGCAUUUAUAAGACUAUUAGCUACAUUUUUUACGCACACCCCAGGAGAAUGGGUUUUCAUUAUCAGGGAUCAGCGACGGCGACGAUGAAAUAAUUGUCCGCUGUCCUUAUUUGUAAAAACAUUUAGCUUGAAUGAAGUAUUAAAAAUGAAUCAAGUGGAAAAUGCAUGUGGAAAUUUCAUUGUAUAGUCUUUUAUAAUGGAUUUGUAUCAAUAAAUAAAUACAAUGCAUUUCAAA